ACAUCCAGGGGUCUGAAAGACAAAGCAUGUGUCAAUAGAGUUCCUUGUUAAGGUUUAGGGCUUCACAUGUUUCACCGACCUCAGACCUGGCUGGAAAUUAACAAGGCUUGGGAAGAAGGAUUUACCACUGACAGCGGGCACAGGGAAUGCAGAAUUUAGAGCACAAGAACAGUUGGCAGAACUGUCAAGACGAGGAUGUAACUGACUCAACAAGCUCUGAGUGGGUAAGAGAGAUUCCAGGUCACAACACCAACCCUCGGACCACCGACCCAAGAAACCCACUGACCCAAACAAAGAGAAGACUGAACAUGUGGUCUAAUUAAGAUAAGAAGCGAGGGAAUCAUUUAACACUACAAAACAAUAUUAAUGAAUUAUGUAAUAUGUAGCCAAUGGAGAUUAAUGCUUUCAUUUGCUAAAAUGUAUAAACAGUGAAAAGUUUUGAUAGUCGCUCUGCUGGCUUUGUGAAUUUGCCACCAAAACCUCUUUCAACACAGAACUCUAAAUAAAAAUACCUCGGUUCUGUGUGGGGGUCAGCCCCACCGGGUGAAAGAGCCCUUUUUGGGGCAGCACAAGGGUGGUCAGCGAAGUCAGCCACCACCUGGCACUGCCCAGAGCGCGGGGCAGGCUCCGGCCACGGUGACCCCACGGCAAUGGCCCAGCUGUCUGCAGGAGGAAACACAAGUGCUGCCUUUGAGUCACAAAACGAAAAAAGGGGAACCGAAAGGGUGGGGUUGGCCGGCCCGUCCUUCCUCCCUGCGCACCCUGCCGUCUCUCCCCGUCCCUGGCGCCGAGGCACCCGAGGCGCGGGUGGGCGCGGCGGGCCCGGCGGGCCGGAGCGGCGGCGGGCGGCACGCUCGUUCCACCCAGAGGACACAGUGAGGACGUGUCCCACCUGCCUGGCACUGCUGGCCAUGACCCCGCUGCUGUGACUCCAGCUCUCUGUCCAUCUUGCAUAUCCUGGGGGCCUCUUCAGCAGGAGAAGGAGCCAUCUGGAUGGUGGCUUGGUCUGCAGCCUGGUGUGGGAGAGGUCACAUCACAAACAACCCACACUGACCUGUCCUCACCCUUCUGCGGCUGCUCCCCCCACUGUGGGGGUCCCAGCACCCCCUGUCUGCCCCUGGGGCAAGAGGGAGAGUGCACUGAGUGAGGUCCAGCAGGUUUUGGGCUGAGUGAGCACCGUGUCAGCAUUGUCUUGCCCACAGCAAGCCGGUGAGCACAGCACGGGGGACACCAGGAGUUGACAUGGCCAGUGUCAUCCUGGAGAGCAUCUUCUUGAAGCGCUCGCAGCAGAAGAAGAAAACAUCUCCCCUCAACUUCAAGAAGCGGCUGUUCCUGCUGACAGAGAGCAAGCUGUCCUACUACGAGUAUGACUUUGAGCGGGGGCGCCGGGGCAGUAAGAAGGGCUCUGUGGACGUUGAGAAGAUCACCUGUGUGGAGACAGUGGCACCUGAAAACAACCCUCCCCCUGAACGACAGGUCCCGAGGAAAGGGGAGGAUUACAACAACAUGGAGCAGAUCUCGAUCAUCGAACGGUUCCCCUACCCCUUCCAGGUGGUCUAUGACGAAGGGCCCCUCUACAUCUUCUCCCCGACGGAGGAGCUGCGCAAGCGCUGGAUCCAUCAGCUGAAGAGCGUGAUUCGGUACAACAGCGACCUGGUCCAGAAGUACCACCCCUGCUUCUGGAUCGAUGGCCAGUACCUGUGCUGCUCCCAGACAGCCAAGAACGCCAUGGGCUGCCAGAUUCUGGAGAGCAGGAAUGGCAGUUUAAAAGUCGGGCGGUCGCAUCGCAAGACAAAGAAGCCCCUUCCCCCAACUCCUGAGGAGGACCAGAUGGUGAUGAAGCCUCUGCCCCCCGAGCCAGCCCCCAGCACAGCAGGGGAGAUGAAGAAGGUGGUGGCCCUCUACAACUACGAGCCGAUGAACGCACAGGACCUGCAGCUGCACAAGGGCGAGGAGUACUUCAUCCUGGAGGAGAGCCACCUGCCCUGGUGGAAAGCCCUGGACAAGAACGGGAGGGAAGGAUACAUCCCCAGCAACUAUGUCACUGAAACCAGAAAUUCCCUGGAGAUCUUUGAGUGGUACUCAAAGAAUAUCACUCGGAGCCAAGCAGAGCAACUGUUGAAACAGGAGGGUAAGGAAGGUGGCUUCAUUGUCCGAGAUUCCACCAGCAAGACAGGGAAAUACACUGUCUCCGUCUAUGCCAAGUCCUCUGUAGACCCCCAAGGCACGAUCCGCCACUAUGUUGUGUGCUGCACCCCCCAGAAUCAGUAUUACCUGGCAGAAAAACACCUGUUCAACAGCAUCCCAGAGCUCAUCACCUACCACCAGCACAACUCUGCAGGGCUCAUAUCCAGACUGAAGUACCCUGUGUCUCAGCACAAGAAAAGUGCUCCUUCCACAGCUGGCCUUGGCUAUGGCUCGUGGGAGAUCGACCCCAAGGAUCUGACCUUCCUGAAGGAACUGGGGACGGGGCAGUUUGGCGUGGUGAAGUACGGGAAAUGGAGAGGCCAGUACAACGUUGCCAUCAAGAUGAUCAGGGAGGGCUCCAUGUCAGAGGACGAGUUUAUUGAUGAAGCCAAAGUCAUGAUGAACCUGUCCCACGAGAAGCUGGUACAGCUCUACGGGGUCUGCACUAAGCAGCGUCCCAUCUUCAUCAUCACCGAGUACAUGGCCAACGGCUGCCUCCUGAACUUCCUGAGGGAAACACGGCAGCGCUUCCAGCCUCCCGAGCUGCUGGAGAUGUGCAAGGAUGUCUGUGAAGCUAUGGAGUACCUGGAAUCCAAGCAGUUCCUGCACAGAGACCUGGCUGCUCGAAACUGUUUGGUGAAUGACCAAGGCAUAGUGAAAGUGUCAGAUUUUGGUCUUUCCAGGUACGUGCUAGAUGAUGAGUACACAAGCUCCCUGGGGUCCAAGUUUCCAGUGCGGUGGUCUCCUCCUGAAGUGCUGCUGUACAGCAAGUUCAGCAGCAAGUCUGACGUCUGGUCCUUUGGAGUCCUGAUGUGGGAAGUUUACUCCCUGGGGAAGAUGCCUUACGAGAGGUUUAACAACAGCGAGACAACCGAGCACGUCAUCCAAGGCCUGCGCCUGUACCGGCCGCAGGCGGCCUCGGAGCGGGUCUAUGCCAUCAUGUACAGCUGCUGGCACGAGAAGCCUGAGGAGCGCCCCACCUUCACCGUGCUGCUGAGCAGCAUCCUGGACAUCGCUGACGAGGAGUGCUGACCGCGGGUACUGCCCGCUGACCCUGCCCAGCGCCGCCACUGCCCAGCGGGACACGCCGCGCGCCGGCUGGCACAGCGUCAUGGACACGGCUCGGGCGUGCAGGAGCCUGGGGGACGCCCACGGCCGUACCCAGAGCUCCACCACAUGCUCAGAGCUUCACCACUUCCCUGGAGCUCCAUCACGUGCUCAGAGCUCCAUCACCACCCCAGAACUCCAUCACAUCCCCAGAACUUCAUCGCAUCCCCGGAGCUCCAUCACCGUCUUGGAGCUCCAUCACACCCCGGAGCCUCAUCACCGCGCCGGGGCUCCAUCACACCCCGGAGCCCCAUCACCGCGCCGGGGCUCCAUCACACCCCGGAGCCCCAUCACCGCGCCGGGGCUCCAUCACCCCCCGGAGCCCCAUCACCGCGCCGGGGCUCCAUCACCCCCCGGAACGUUCCCGGUCGGGUCCGGUCCCGGACAAUAAAACCGUUCCACGGCCUCCCCGGCUGCG